GCGGACCGACCCGGACCGGACCACCCGCUUCAGGACUCACGGGCUAAUUGAGGCUGCAGCAGAACUUUUUCUCUUGCAGGGAUGUCUUCGGACCGAGUGGAUUACAUUGCUCCCUGGUGGAUUUACUGGCUUCACAAUUUUCCUCACAUCAACUUGAGAUUUCAUACUAUUGAUAAGAGUUUCCAGCCUGAAGAUGAGAACUACCAGCAGUCACUCAUAUUUCUGGGCUGUGUGGCAGCUGCAGGACUCGGUCUCAACCUUCUAUGUUUGGCCAUCUACUUGAGCUUUUUGUGCUGCUGGCGUAAAGAUGAAGACGAGGAAAGCAAGAAGCCCAACUCCUGCUGUGUCACCUGGUCGGCCGUUGCUGCUGGACUUCUCACAUGCAUCGCAGUGGGUGUGGGUUUCUAUGGCAACAGUGAAACCAAUGAUGGUGUUUAUCAGCUGACCUACUCCCUUUACAACGCCAAUAACUCUCUGGGAGGUGUCGACAGUCUGGUGACUGACACCAUGGGUAACAUGAGGACUGGUCUGCAACAGCACCUUGCCAGGCUGGAUGAGAUCUUUGCCACACGAGGUGAUUAUGUUCAAACCUUGCGGUUCAUGCAGCAGAUGGCUGACAACGUAAUCAAACAGCUGCUGGGCCUUCCCGAACUGGAGGAAGCUAAAGUGGACCUGGCAUCUGUCGCUGAUCUAACAUCAAAAAUCGAAUAUUACAGGUGGCUGACCUACCUGCUGCUUCUCAUCCUGGACCUGAUCAUUUGCCUGCUGGCCUGUCUAGGACUAGCCAAGCAGUCCCGCUGGCUGCUCACCACGAUGAUGGUGUUUGGAGUGCUGACACUGAUCCUGAGCUGGACGUCUCUGGGAGCUGACCUGGCCACAGCUGUGGGCACAAGCGAUUUCUGUGUGUCGCCUGACAAAUUCAUCAUGAGUCAGACAAAAGGGGUCAUCACUGCUGAUAUUGUUCAUUACUACCUGUACUGCAACCAGACUCUCUCCAAUCCCUUUCAGCAGCCUCUGACCACCUUCCAGAGGUCUCUGACCACUAUGCAGAUCCAGAUCCAGGGUCUGCUUCACUUUGCUGUGCCUCUGUUUCCCACAGCUGAGAGAGAUUUACUGGGUAUCCAGCAUUUACUCAACUCUUCUGAGACCAGUCUGCACCAGCUCACCGCCCUGCUGGACUGCAGAGGGCUCAACAAGGACUACCUGGAUGCAAUGGUGGGGGUGUGCUAUGAUGGGGUGGAGGGUGUGAUGUAUCUCAGCCUCUUCUCCAUCCUUGCAGCCUCUGCCUUCACUGUUAUGCUGUGUGCCAUUCCAAGGUCACUGAGACAAAUCGCCAGCAGGGAACGGGAUUAUGAUGACAUCGAUGAGGAGGACCCGUUCAAUCCACGAGCGAGAAGGAUGGGCUCUCAGAGCGCCAACCACACCAACAUGCAUAGCUUCUGCAGCUACAGCAGCAGUAUGGGCAGCCAGGCCAGCCUGCAUCCGCCCGCCCCCACCGUCUCUAACAACGCCCCCAUGUCUGAGUACAUGAAUCAAACUGCCCUGUUUGGAGGAAACCCUCGAUAUGAGAACGUGCCCCUGAUUGGACGAGGCUCUCCACCCCCCUCGAUAUACUCUCAGCAGUAUAGAAAUCCAUACUCUCCCACUAUGAGGGCCACCUACCUGUCCAUGACUGAAGAACAAAAUAGACACCUUGGUAGCGACUUCCAAGCAUAGACUGUUUUCACACAUCCAAGGAGGGAAGCAGCAUCACUCACCCUCAAAAGCAGGGCUUUGUGACUUUGGAUCACAGGAGGACAUUUAAAACCAGCCUGUGCAAUCUCAGGCCAACAGAAUAAAUAAAAAGUAACACUCUCUACUGUUACACUCAAUAUUUAAAGCUAACUGACCCCUCUGCUCUUUGUUUUAAGAAUACAAGUAUUUCCUAAACUGCUCCUUGUGUUGUUCUGGUUAUUCGACACAAAGGUAUGAAACGUGAGGAGGUUCCUUCCUGUUCUUCUUCAAAGCUUUCUGCGUUCAGCUGUGAUCCGAUGUAAACAUGCCAUAGUAGUUCCUGCAAGUCUGAUAUUUGUGAAGCACAAACCCAGCACUGACAGCACAAUGUAUAAGGGGUAUAGGUGAAGAACAACAUAUUAACAUUCUCACAUGAGUGAAGCUUUACGUCUCUGAAACAAAACUAUCUUGAGACCAUUGCUUCUGUAAAUAAGCUGUAAAAAUAACAGACUGCUGUUAAAAUCUUGUGCCAUUUUUUAUAUGAUUUUGUUCUAGUUUUGGUCGCAAUGUCACACAAGAUCACUCUUUUUUGUAUUUUCUAAUAAGUUAUAAUUAAUUCUCUGUAUAUCCAAUCAAAGCUGUUGUUUCUAUCAUAACUUGGGAAGCUGUGCUGCUCUAGCUAUGAUCAGGGGGACAUUCUGAUGAUUAUUCUUCAAAUCCAGCGAUCCAAACAGUAAUUAUUUUGUUAACAGUUUCUACUGGAAUUGAUUUACAUGUUGUGUCAAAUAUUAAUACUUCUUUUUGUUUUGUUUUGGGAGGUUUUAGCAUGUCAUACUGUAAAGGCACUGAAUGUAGUGCUUUAUUUUGUGUGGGACCUUAAACUUAAGGGUCUAAUUGUGAAUUGAAUAAACCAUCUUUGAGUA